CAGUUUAAAAAUAAAAUAUUGAGCUGUUUUGUAUUUGGUUUGGAUUUGGAGAUUUCCAACUUUAGCAUUAUUGUUUAUUUACAAGACCCGUGCAACCUUGUGAAGACAGUCAGUAUAUACCAGAAAGCGAAUAUAACCAUUUCAUAAAACCAAUCAUCAGAUAAAGAAUCUGGUGUGACAAUUAGACGGCGCAGUAAGAUCGCUGGGUGGUAGGCUGGUUAUGGUGCAGGAUGUCUAACGCGGAGAACGUGCCGCCGGGCGAGGGUGGCGCCGCGAGCGGGGCGGGCGGCGCGCGCUCGCUGGCGCGGGAGCUGGCGCGGCUGGCGGCGGCGCCCCCGCCCGGGGUGCAGGUGCAGAUCAACGACCACGACCUCACGCAGUUCAUCGCCAUCGUCGACGGGCCCGCGGGCACGCCAUACGCCGGGGGAGUGUUCCGCGUGUCGGUGUCGCUGGCGGGGUGGCCGGCGGCGCCGCGCGCGCGCUUCCUCACCCGCGUGUUCCACCCCAACGUCUCCGCGGCCGGCGACGUGUGCGUGUCCACGCUGGCCCGCGACUGGCGCCCGGAGCUGGGCCUGCGCCACGCGCUGCUGGCGCUCACCUCGCUGCUCAUCGCACCCAACCCCGACUCGGCGCUCAACGCGGACGCGGCGGCGCUGCUCGCCCAGCGCUACGACGACUACGCGCGCCGCGCCAAGAUGCUGACCGAGAUACACGCGCAGCCGCACAUGCUUGACGGGUGCGGCAGCGGCGAGGCGGGGGGCAAGCGGCCGGCGCCGCCGCCGCCGCGCGCCAACAAGGACAAGCGGCGCAUACUCAAGAGGUUAUGAACAAUUCAUCCCUUUAUUUUUAAAUACUAUUAUCAUAAAUCAUUAAUUAAGUACCUAAUCAUAGAUUUGAGCGAGUGACUGUUAGUUCUUAAAUACAUUAUUUUUUUUCGUCAACAAA